AUGAAACUUAUAUGCGAAACAUGCACGAUCAAUCGCGCUGUGGCCGGAGGAAAGCGAGCAUUUGUGAAAACAAUAUUAGCAAUAGGCAAAGGAUCCGAGAGAAAAGGAGAUGAAACGAAAAUCAUGCUGAUAACUACAAGCAAUAAAAAUGGCACAAAGUACAGUGUUUUGAAGAACAUUUCUAAAAUUUUCACCCGUUUCAUGGAAGAAGGAAAAGUCACGAUAUCGUUUGUUGUUCCAGAACACGAUGUGCAAAUUAAAAGUGAUAAAGUGCAGCUAACUGCAUUUAUGAAAGUGCUAAAGCUGGUGCUUUCCGGAGGUCAACCAAAAGAAACUCUUCCCACAAACGACCCUACGAAGCCAGAGCUUCGAUUGCCAUGUUUGAUGGUCGGCAAGAAAAAAACUUCAAUUCUGGAUUCACCGAGUGUCCUGGCCACGAAAUGCGUGAUUACGAAUAGGAAGAAUUAUCCAACAAAAGGAUUUUCGAGAAUGCUUGUUCACCUGCAAAUUUCCGAUGUUAAACUGUCGCGGUUCGAUAGUCAAAUUUUGCUACUGCAUAAAUUACGAUCUCUCAAUCUGUCGAAAAACUGCAUAAAUAGUCUGCCACGUGCCCUUGGCCAAUUGCGGCUAUGUGAUCUGGACCUUUCGAGCAACUGCUUGUCGGAUACCAGCUGGGAAUGGCUAAUGGAACCAAAAAUUCUAGCCUCGCUGCAAAAUCUUAACAUUUCCGAUAACGGUUUACUUUGCCUGCCGAUGAACGUGAUCUAUGCACGUGAAUUAGUAACACUAACGGCGGAUCGGAAUUAUAUUCGUAAGCUGCCUUUUGCGCUCUGGACAAUGCAUCGUUUAAGGGUGUUGUCGCUAGCGAAGAACCGCAUCGAUGCAAUUCCGGAAACCCUGCGAAGAAUGAGGCUCGAUAAGCUCGACCUUUCAGAGAAUGAACUGUACGAAAAUGCGGCUACCGUGCCUGAUCUACGACUUACGAACGAAUUUGUAUUGCAUCGCCAAGCUUCCAGUUUAUUUGAGAUAGCCGCACGAGCCGUGAUUCAUAAAAAGAUUCCUUAUGCACUACCUGGAUUGGUUCCGUUCUCCGUUGCAGAGACAUUGCGACGAACGCCACUCUGUGGGUGCGGUAAAAUGUGUUUCGAGGCGAAAAUUUUUCAUCGCGCUAAAGUAAUCGUUUUAAAUUGUUCCUUCAUUACUUUGAACGCCAACCAGCAUCUCUUUGCAGAUUGCGUGUUUUGUAGUGAAAAAUGCUCUCGAAAAUUGUAA